UGCUGCCAACGCCCCGGCGAAGAAGCUGAGGUCAACAUCAAAUUCGAAAUAUUUAAACAAUUUCCACAAUGCAGACAAUUAAGUGCGUUGUUGUGGGCGAUGGUGCUGUUGGUAAAACAUGUCUCCUGAUAUCAUAUACAACAAACAAAUUUCCAUCUGAAUAUGUACCAACUGUUUUUGACAACUAUGCAGUCACAGUUAUGAUUGAUGGAGAGCCAUAUACUCUUGGGCUUUUUGAUACUGCAGGGCAAGAGGAUUAUGACAGAUUACGACCACUGAGUUAUCCACAAACAGAUGUAUUUCUAGUCUGUUUUUCAGUGGUCUCUCCAUCCUCAUUUGAAAAUGUGAAAGAAAAGUGGGUGCCUGAGAUAACUCACCACUGUCCAAAGACUCCUUUCUUGCUUGUUGGGACCCAAAUUGAUCUCAGAAAUGAUCCCUCUACCAUUGAGAAACUUGCCAAGAACAAACAGAAACCUAUCACUCCAGAGACUGCUGAAAAGCUGGCCCGUGAUCUAAAGGCUGUCAAAUAUGUGGAGUGUUCUGCACUCACACAGAAAGGCCUAAAGAAUGUGUUUGAUGAAGCGAUACUGGCUGCCCUAGAGCCUCCAGAACCGAAGAAGAGCCGCAGGUGUGUGCUGCUAUGAACAUCUCUCCAGAUCCCUUUCUGCACAGCUGGUGUCAGCAUCAUACUAAAAGCAAUGUUUAAAUCAAACUAAAGAUUAAACAUUAAAAUUCGUUUCUGCAAUAAUGACAAAUGCCCUGCACCUACCACAUGUACUUGUGUGAGACAAGGCCGGUAGGUAUGCCCCGCCCCUCCCAGUACUAGUUAAUUUUGAGUAAUUGUGAUUGUCAGAAAAGUGAUCAGUACUAGUUUUUGUUUUGUUGUUUCAAAAACUUUUUUUUGUUGUUCAAAAGUAAGGCAUGCUUGUGAGGACUCUGUAACAGACUAAUUUGAAUUGUUGAAGCUGCUCCCUGGUUGCACUUGAGAGUAAUCUGGGACAUCUUGGUAUUUUUUUUCCUUCUUUUAUUUUUGGGCAGGGGGGGGGUAUUUUUUAGUUUUAUUUUUUAAAAUUCAUUAACCAGUGGUCAGCCCUUAGAGGAGGAGGACGGAUUGAUUCCACAUUCCACUUCCUAGAUCUAGUUUAGAAGAGCAUGUUCCCCACCUGGUGCUCUUAGGAAGGAGUAUAGUAAAUGCCUCAUUUAAUAACAUACUCCUUUUUGAAAGUUGCCUUUUUUCUCUCUCCACCCUCGAGUGGAUCCAGUAUUUGAUAAAAUUUGUGAAAGUGGGUGGAGGCUGUCUUGUCCCUCCUCUUUUCUAGGAUGCACUCUAUAUGUGACUGUGACUUUCAAGGAAAUUUGUUUACCACUUGCUGAUUUUUUUUUUUUUUUGGAAGUUAAUUUUUACUUCUUUCACUGAUAAAUGAAGAAAAGUAUUGCACCUUUUGAAAUAUACCAAAUGGAUUGAGUUUGUAAUUAAAAUUUUUUUCUCCCCUGUUA